AUGGAAUAUGAUAUGGUGGACAUGGAGGAGCCCGCGGGCCCUCAGGUCACCGUCCGUGAGGCUGAACUCAACCGCGUGGAUUUCCGUCUAAGUUCAGUUGACCUUGCUGUCGCCAACUCUCUCCGCCGCUCAAUCCUCGCUGAAGUUCCCAAUGUCGCGCUCGACCUCAUCGAAAUUGAAUCCAACACCUCCGUCCUCCCCGAUGAGAUGCUUGCCCACCGUCUCGGUAUGAUUCCCCUGAUCGCGACGAACUGCGACCAGGACCUUGAGUACACCCGUGACUGUGAUUGUGAGGACCAUUGUGUGCGAUGCAGCGUCACACUUUCACUGCAUGCGCGCUGCGGGAAUGGUAUCAUGCCAGUCUAUGCGCGAGAUCUUGUCGUCCAGGGCGAGCGCAUGAACGAUACGAUCGGUGACCCUGUUAUUACGGAUCCAGAGGGCAAAGGCCCAUUGAUUUGCAAGCUGCGAAAGGGCCAGGAGAUCAAGUUGACUUGUCUGGCGAAGAAGGGAACAGCGAAGGAGCAUGCAAAGUGGGCGCCUACUGCUGCGGUCGGCUUCGAGUAUGACCCAAACAAUAAUCUGCGUCAUGUGGAUUAUUGGUAUGAGCAGGAUCCGGCUAAGGAGUGGCCCAUCUCUGAGAAUGCCGCAUGGGAGCCGGUUGCCAACCCAGAUCAGCCCUUCGACUACGACGCCGAGCCGAACACUUUCUACUUCGAUGUGGAGAGUAUUGGAAACCUGGAACCGGACACCAUUAUCCAGCAGGGUAUUAUUUGCUUGCAACGAAAGCUCGCCACCACUGUCUCUGUGCUCCAGGGUGAAGAGGACGGUCAGGCCGGACAAGUUGAGGACCACGACAUGAUGGGUGCCGGUGAUGGAGAUGCUUAUGAGCCACCAGAGGGUAUCGAUGGGAACCUCACUUCGUACGGCAAUGGUGCUGCCAGUGCUUGGGGCGCUAGUGCGCAGACCCCAUAUGGCGCUACGCCUUACGGGCAGAGUGCUUAUGGAUUCUAG